GAUCCCGAUGCAAGGGAAAAUUUCAAAAGGGCCAAAACGCUGUUGCAAGGUAAGCACAACACCUCCCUCUCAGAAAUCGAUCAAAUCGCCACAAUGGAAAUCGCGCGUUAUGAUUGCUCCUACCAGGACCCUGCCGAACCGAAAAUCAUCAUCGUUGUUCCUUAUAGACAUCGUGAAUUGGACCUCCUGUCGUUUAUUCUCCACAUGGUUCCCUAUUUUCGCCACCUUGUUAGGCAAAUGGAAAUACUCGUAGCUGAACAAAAUGGAACAGGGGUGAUCAGACUGGAAGAACGGAAGACGUUCAAGCCUGGAGACGGCAACGAUCUUGUUCUAUGGUAUUUUGCUUACUUUAUGCAGAUGAUCUGGUACUAUGGUAUUCCGGGCUUACUUUAUGCAGAUGAUCUUGUUCUAUGGUAUUCCGCCUACUUUACGCAGAUGAUCUGGUACUAUGGUAUUCCGCCCCCAAGGAAAAAAGCUAAGGAGAGGACAGAAAGUGUCCUAAAUUGUGCACUUACAGGAGUGGACGGAAAGUGCCCUAAAUGGUUUACUUAA